CUCAGAAGAGGAGGAGGACGAGGUGAAGACAUCAUGUCCAGCACUCAGCCAGCAGAGACACUCAGUGAGCCACACGCUGCAGACAUCACUCCAGAGGCCAUCGGCUUCCUGUCGGCGGUGGGCGUCUUCAUCGUGGCGUUGGCCGUCCUCUUCCUCUUCAUCAACAAGAAGCUGUGUUUCUCUCGUGUGGGCGGGCUUCCCUGUCUGGAGCAAUACAACCGCCGGAAGAGAGGGAAGCAGGGAGUUCGCCAGGGGCUCGUGAACAGUUACGGCGGCGAGGACGAGGACGUCAGCUCAUCGGACAGCGAGGACGAGGUCCUGAAGCAGUUUGAGAUGUCAGUGUCGCGCUCGCAGAGUUUCCGUGGUGGUGCGGCGAAGAGCGGCGGGGAAAAGAAGGCCCAGACGGCUCAGCUGUCGCUGGGUCAACGGCACAAAUUCACCCGACUGUCGGACCAGGAGGAGGGAAGCACGGAGCCGUCGGACUGUGAAGAGAUGGAGGCUCAGAACCAGCCGGGUUUCCAGGACCCGCUGUCCGCGGUGACGGUGCUGGAAAGUGAGAGGGCGGAGUCUGUCAGGGCAGAGUCUGUCAGGGCUGAGUCUGUCAGGGCUGAGUCUGUCAGGGCGGAGUCUAUCAGGGCGGAGUCUGUCGCCUCGCAGGUCCAAACCGCGGUGCCCGAGUUCUCGCUGGCCGUCAGGGACAGUCCCACACCGAGCAUGCGGCGCCAGGCCGCCGACGGCAGCGAGGACACGGAGCAGGGUGCGCAGGAUCAUGACCAGAACAACCCCACAGACAGCUCCUCCACCUGGAGCCCCGAGCAGGAGCAGCCUCCCCAGGGUGAGGUCUCGUCUCAGCCGGCCCCCUCCGCCCUGGGACCGCCCAUCUCCACGUGCGGACACCUGGUGCUCUCUCUGGAUUACCGUCCCAACACGGAGAAGCUGCUGGUGACCGUGGUGACGGCGCGGGACAUCCCCGACAAGGCCCGCAGCGGCAUGGACUGCUGGCAGAUCCACAUGGUCCUGCUUCCCUCCAAGAAGCAGCGGCACAAGACGUCGGUGCAGAGAGGCUCGCAGCCGCUCUUCAACGAGACCUUCCGCUUCACGCGCCUGGAGCCGCCGGACCUCGCCGCGUCGGCCAUCAGGUUCAGGCUGUACGCCAUCGGUGGCAGAAUGUCCCGCGAGAGGAUGAUGGGGGAGAAGAUGCUGCGGUUAGAGGGAGUCGACCCGAAGGGCGGGACCACGGAAACCACGCUGAUCCUGGAGCCUCGCAGUAACCUGAAGUGCGUGGAGUCAGAGCUGAGCGUGUCCCCCGUGUCUCAGAGUGACAGCGUCUCGUCCACUCAGUCUCUGACCCACGGCGGCGUCCCCGAGCUGCUGAUGGGUCUCUCCUACAACGCCACCACGGGACGCAUGUCUGUGGAGCUGGUCAAGGGGAGUCACUUCAGGAACCUGGCCAUCAACAGACCACCAGACACCUACGGCCGCCUGACUCUGCUGAACUCGGUCGGGCAGGAGAUCUCCCGGUGCAAGACGUCGGUGCGACGCGGACAACCCAACCCCAUCUACAAAGAGACCUUCGUCUUCCAGGUGGCGCUGUUCCAGCUGUCGGACGUCACGCUGCUGGUCUCCAUCUACACGCGGCGCAGCAUGAAGCGCAAAGAGAUGGUGGGCUGGAUCGCUCUGGGUCAGAACAGCAGCGGCGAGGAGGAGCAGCUCCACUGGCAGGACAUGAAGGAGGCUGGAGGGCAGCAGGUCUGCCGCUGGCACGUCCUGCUGGAGGCCUGACGCUGCCUCACCCUCAGGGUUCAUUGUUUUUUAUCUUCUUAUGUUCUGAACUUUAAAAGGAAAAGGACUGAGGACAGGAAACCACUGCCUUGACCUCACGUCUGUCCAAACCUGGAGACACGGAGGACAAACUCACCUGCUCCUGGAGGCUGAUGGACGUUCACAUCUGUUGUUGAACAGUCAUUUGUCGGCUUUAUCUUGUCACGUGACGGCAAACAAAGCUCGCUCUCCCACACCAAACCCCAUCCAGAAAAUCAGCGAUUUUACAACAC